AUGGGGGGUACAAGCCCCAUUGGUCGAUCCCGUGGUAAUGCUGUUCAUCUGCAUACCGGCACUGGCGGAAUCGUUCCUUUACAGAAUGUAACAGUCCUUAUAUUUGCUCUCAUUUUUUCCUUGCUUUUUAUUAUCGCUUUGUCGUGUGCAUUCCUCGGUGCCGAUGAGGAAGACGAUCCCCCUUUCAAGAGCAUGCUGAACGACAUCGCAACGAAUGAUCCAGGCGUUGUCCUGUUGGGUGAAAAUGUUGAUGUUGACAUUGACGAGCCCUCCGUCACCGUCUCGUGGUCCCUCGUUGCAUGUGGAGACAGUUUUGAACUCGACGGAAGCUCUGGUAUCCAUGAGAGUCAAUGUGGGUUGCCCUCGAUGGCCCUUUGGAUUUAUGCCGAUAACUCUCCUGAACCUGCAACUAUAUAUGAUCCUGCUACAAUUCCAUACGUUCGUAACACGGGUCAGAGGCGCAGAAUCGAGAACCUCGUUCGAUUCGACAGCGAUUAUACGAUUGAUGUUCAUAAGGCUCGCUUGUACCCAUUUGAUACAUAUUUUCUCGCCAGCACUCUGCGGGCUGUCAAUGCUUCAAACACGACGGUCCCCAUUCGGAAACUCUCCACAAUCGAACAAGUGACCAGUUUUCUUGUCGCAAUUAGCGACGUUGAAAGUUACGAGAUAAUCAAUGGGACUCAAGUUCCCACUCGCGACUUUGAUUUAUAUGUGACAAGGCCUGGACAAUUACGAUUCUAUACUUUGUUACUUUUUGGCGUCAAUUGGAUGCUGUCUCACGUCACCGUUGGACAUGUUAUAUUGGCACGCAGACUGGUCGAUAUCAGGUCCAUGACCAAGCAUCUGGUGUCUGCCUUUGCUAUCCUUCUCAUUAUCCCGCAGCUGAGGAAUUCAAUGCCAGAUUCUCCGGAUUUGGAUGACGGUGCUCUCAUUGACUACAUUGGUUUCAUCCCACAGAUGAUUAUUUCCGCUUCAUGUGUCCUUACCAUAUUAUUCCUCAUAAUGCUACGCGAGUACGACGAAAUGGAGGGCAAACAGACUCCCCGCCAGAGUACGAGGCGGCCAUCGCCGACUCCACUCCCGCGACCGCCACUACCGCGCACUCCCAAGGCGUCUUCUAACCCCCCCGCACCUCCUAUUCCACCACCACGGAAAUCACCACUAAGACCCCUCCUCCUCGGGGCCAAAGUACGCACCCGGUCGAUCGCCAUGGAACGUGGGGAGGCAACCUGCUUGAAGGAUGAGCUCAACACAGGUUUCGUUUUUCCUCCAAUAUCGCAUGCAAACUGGUAUGAUUCAUCACCGCUCUCGUUCUUCGCGGUCCCGCAUAGGCACAAUGGGGCUAGGAGGACCGUCUCGGAAGUGCUUCAGGGUCCAAGUCGUCCAGGUCAAAUACACUUAAGUCUCUUAAGGAAUGACGGCUGGAACCUAUCCCUGUGA